AAGCAUGAUUUUUCAGAAAAAAAAUAUUUAAUAAUAUGAAAACAUAUUAAAGAGUUUUUACAAUAAUUAAUUCAUAAUGGUUAUGAUUUGAUAUCUGCUCUGAUACAAUAUACUCUCUUGACUCCGGAGAGUAAACUAAACAGUAGACAAAUACAAUAGACAUAAUCAGACAUGCCUGAAGAAGAGCACAAGUCCAAGACUGUUGAGAAUGAGAAUCUGAACUCGAAGUUUCUAUUUGGAAACAUUUCAAGAUUAUCUUCAAGAUGGCAGUCCUGGUUACUCAGAGUUCAAUCAGGGUUUAUCCUGAUGUCCAGUUUCUACCUGGUGGUAAGGAUGGGUCCAAUAGGUCUCCUCCUUCUCACAUAUCUAGUACAGAUUGUAUCGUUUCACGAGGCAAUGGAAACUGCAAUUUUGUUCACAAAGAGCGAGGAUUUGAGAGUCUGGUCCUGGCAGCUUCUUCUUCUGGCAAAUAUCUUUUGGACUAAUCCAAUAGUAGCAAAAUAUUCCCCAGCAUCUCUAGAUCGCUUUAAAGAGCCAAUGUGCUUUCUAACCUACCUUCUCCUGAUUGUAUGGUUUCUCCUGAGCAUGAAGGAUGCAUCUAAAUGUCUGAUUAAAUAUUGUCACUUUGCCUGGACUCAUCUUCUCAUCCUCUUCACAGCUUUCCAGGCAUCUCUAGUUCUUCAUACACUUCAGCAUGGCAUGGUUUGGUACAUUUUUGCAAUGUCAAUAAUAACAAUCAACGACAUCUCUGCAUAUAUGUGUGGUUUCUUCUUCGGCUCCAGGUCUCUGAUAGUUGUGAGUCCUAAGAAGACCGUUGAAGGGUAUGUCGGGGGAGGCCUACUCACAAUAAUGUUAGGUCCAUCCUAUGGAUUUCUUCUUCUACAGUUUCCUAGUAUACUCUGCCCAACAGGUGGAUUAUCAGUACUAGAAUGUGAUCCCUUGAGCUAUCCUCUUUACUCUGGUAGUAUACCGCCCUUUAUCCUGCACUGUCUAGUAAUCAGUAUAUUCGCUAGCACCUUCGGACCUACUGCAGGGUUCCUGUGUAGCGGCUUCAAACGAGCUUGUAACAAAAAAAAUUUUGGAAAUUUUAUUCCUGGUCAUGGCGGAGUUUUGGACAGAUGUGACUGCAUGUUUCUCAUGGCUUCAUUUACCUACGUUUACGUUAAACAUUUUGUUGUUGCUGAAUAAUAUUUACAUUUUAUUUAUUUUGUUUUAUACAAUAAGUUCUAAUAAAUAUUUUUACAUGAAAGUGA